CGUGGCCGGCAGAAGAGGCGGUGGCGGUGGCGGAGGAGGCGGCGCUCCCGCCUGGCCCGAGAAGAGCGCUGGAACCCGUGCGGCCGUGACCCCGCUGCUCCCCAGAGGCCGAGCGCGGCGGCCACGGACAAAGGAGCAUGUUGGCGCCGAGGAGGGCCCGUCCUCCGGCCGCCAUGAGGCUCCGGGUGCCGCCGGGCCCGCGCCGAGCGCCUGCCCGUCCAGGCGCCGUGGUGGCCCGCUAGGCCCGCAGGCCCGGCCCGCCACCCGGUCAGCGACAUGGAGCCACCGGGACGCUGGCGGGGCCGCACGUCUUCGCCGUCGCCGCUGCUGCUGCUGCCAUUCGCGUUGCUCGCGCUGUUGGGAGGCGGCGGCGGGGGCGCAGGAGCACUGCCCCCCGGCUGCAAGCAAGACGGGCGGCCCAGAGGAGCCGGCCGGGCUGCGGGCGCCGCCGAGGGCAAGGUGGUGUGUAGCAGCCUGGAGCUGGCGCAGGUCCUGCCCCCGGACACGCUGCCCAACCGCACGGUCACCCUGAUUCUGAGUAACAAUAAAAUAUCCGAGCUGAAGAAUGGCUCAUUUUCUGGGUUAACUCUUCUUGAAAGACUGGACCUCCGAAACAAUCUGAUUAGUAGCAUAGAUCCAGGUGCCUUCUGGGGGCUGUCAUCGCUAAAAAGAUUGGACCUGACAAACAACCGGAUAGGAUGUCUGAAUGCAGACAUAUUUAGAGGACUCACCAAUCUGGUUAGGCUAAAUCUUUCAGGAAAUUUGUUUUCUUCAUUAUCUCAAGGAACUUUUGAUUAUCUUGGCUCUCUGCGGUCUUUAGAAUUUCAGACUGAGUAUCUUUUGUGUGAUUGUAACAUUCUGUGGAUGCAUCGCUGGAUGAAAGAGAGGAACAUCACUGUCCGGGACACCAGGUGUGUUUAUCCGAAGUCCUUGCACGCCCAGCCAGUCACAGGUGUGAAGCAGGAGCUGCUGACAUGCGACCCUCCCCUUGAAUUACCAUCCUUCUAUAUGACUCCGUCUCACCGCCAGCUUGUAUUUGAAGGAGACAGCCUUCCUUUCCAGUGCAUGGCAUCGUACAUUGAUCAGGACAUGCAGGUGUUGUGGUACCAGGAUGGGCGAAUAGUCGAGACGGACGAAUCUCAAGGCAUCUUUGUUGAAAAGAAUAUGAUUCACAACUGCUCACUGAUUGCAAGUGCCCUCACCAUCUCUAAUAUUCAGGCUGGAUCGACUGGCAACUGGGGCUGUCAUGUCCAGACCCGACGUGGGAACAAUACGAGAACUGUGGACAUCGUGGUAUUAGAAAGCUCUGCUCAGUAUUGCCCUCCAGAGAGGGUGGUGAACAACAAAGGAGAUUUCAGGUGGCCUAGAACCUUGGCUGGCAUUACUGCCUAUUUGCAAUGUACGCGGAACACUCACGGCAGUGGAAUAUACCCUGGCGACCCCCAAGACGAGAGAAAGGCUUGGCGCAGAUGUGACAGAGGUGGCUUUUGGGCGGAUGAUGAUUACUCUCGAUGCCAGUAUGCAAAUGACGUCACUAGAGUUCUCUAUAUGUUUAAUCAGAUGCCCCUCAAUCUUACGAAUGCUGUGGCAACAGCUCGACAGUUACUGGCUUACACCGUGGAAGCUGCCAACUUUUCUGACAAAAUGGAUGUUAUAUUUGUGGCUGAAAUGAUAGAAAAAUUUGGAAGAUUUACCAAAGAGGAAAAAUCAAAAGAGCUUGGUGAUGUGAUGGUUGACAUUGCAAGUAACAUCAUGUUGGCUGACGAGCGUGUCCUAUGGCUGGCACAGAGGGAAACGAAAGCCUGCAGUAGAAUUGUUCAGUGUCUACAGCGCAUCGCCACCUACCGCCUAGCAAACGGAGCGCACGUUUACUCAACAUCUUCUCCCAGUAUCGCACUGGAAGCGUAUGUCGUCAAGGCUGCCGGCUUCUCGGGAAUGACGUGCACUGUGUUCCAGAAAGUGGCUACUUCCGACCGCACAAGCCUCUCUGACUAUGGGAGGCGGGAUCCAGAUGGGAGCCUGGACAAGCAGCUGAGCUUUAAGUGCAAUGUUUCAAGUACAUUUUCAAGUCUGGCCCUGAAGAAUACCAUUGUGGAGGCUUCUAUCCAGCUACCACCUUCCCUUUUCUCAUCAAAACAGAAAAGAGAAGCCAGAACCACGGACGACUCUCUGUAUAGGCUUCAGCUCAUCGCCUUCCGCAAUGGCAAGCUUUUUCCAGCAACUGGAAAUUCCACUCAUUUGGCUGAUGAUGGCAAACGACGCACGGUGGUCACCCCUGUGAUUCUCACGAAAAUAGAUGGUGUGAAUUUCGAUACCCACCACGUUCCUGUUAAUGUGACUCUGCGUCGCAUUGCACAUGGAGCAGAUGCUGUUGCUGCCCAGUGGGACUUUGAUCUACUGAAUGGACAAGGAGGCUGGAAAUCCAAUGGGUGCCGUAUACUCUACUCAGAUGAAAACAUCACCAAGAUGCAAUGCUGCUCUCUCAGUAACUACGCGGUUUUAAUGGAUUUGACAGGAUCUGAACUCUACACCCAGGCAGCUGAUCUCUUGCACCCAGUUGUUUAUAUCACAGCUGUUGUUCUGCUCUUGUGCCUCUUCGCUGUCAUCAUCACUUAUAUAUAUCAUCACAGUUUGAUUAGAAUCAGCCUGAAGAGCUGGCAUAUGCUUGUGAACUUGUGUUUUCAUAUUUUCCUGAGCUGCGUGGUCUUUGUGGGAGGCAUUACUCAAACCAGAAACGUCAGCGUCUGCCAAGCAGUUGGAAUAAUUCUUCAUUAUUCUACUCUUGCCACAGUACUCUGGGUAGGAGUGACAGCCCGCAACAUCUACAAACAAGUCACUAAAAAAGCUAAAAGGUGCCAAGAUCCCGAUGAACCUCCACCUCCACCAAGACCAAUGCUCAGGUUUUACCUGAUAGGUGGCGGCAUCCCCAUCAUUGUAUGUGGCAUAACAGCGGCAGCAAACAUCAAGAAUUAUGGCAGCCGGCCAAAUGCACCCUAUUGCUGGAUGGCAUGGGAACCCUCCUUGGGAGCCUUCUACGGGCCUGCCAGCUUCAUCACUUUCGUAAACUGCAUGUAUUUCCUCAGCAUUUUUAUUCAGUUGAAAAGACACCCUGAACGCAAAUACGAGCUAAAGGAGCCCACUGAGGAGCAACAGAGAUUGGCAGCCAACGAAAACGGGGAAGUAACUCAUCCGGAUUCCAUGUCCUUGUCCUUGAUUUCUACAUCCGCUCUGGAAAACGAGCACCCGUUCCAUUCUCAGCUUUUGGGGGCCAGCCUCACUUUGCUCUUGUAUGUGACUUUGUGGCUGUUCGGAGCUUUGGCUGUUUCCUUGUAUUACCCUUUGGACCUGAUGUUUAGCUUCUUUUUUGGAGCCACGUGCUUAAGUUUUAGCGCCUUCCUCAUGGUUCACCAUUGUGUGAACAGGGAGGAUGUUAGACUAGCCUGGAUCCUGACUUGCUGCCCCGGAAGGAGCUCGUAUUCAGUGCAAGUGAACACCCAGCCUCCCAGCUCCAGCGGGACAAAUGGCGAAGCUCCUAAGUGCACCAACAGCAGUGCCGAAUCCUCAUGCACCAACAAAAGUGCAUCGAGUUUCAAAAAUUCCUCCCAGGGCUGCAAAUUAACAAAUUUGCAGGCUGCGGCAGCCCAGUGUCAUACCAAUUCUCUACCUUUGAACUCUGUGCCGCAGCUAGACAACAGCCUGACUGAACACUCGAUGGACAAUGAUAUUAAAAUGCAUGUGGCGCCAUUGGAAGUUCAGUUCCGAGCAAACGUUCACCCAAGUCGCCAUCAUAAAAACAGGAGUAAAGGACACAGGGCAAGCCGACUCACUGUCCUGCGAGAAUAUGCCUAUGACGUCCCAACGAGCGUGGAGGGCAGUGUGCAGAAUGGCUUACACAAAAGCCGGCCAGGCAAUGGCGAAGGCCAUUCGAGGAGUCGGAGAGCCUAUUUGGCCUACAGAGAGAGACAGUAUAACCCACCCCAGCAAGAUAGCAGCGAUGCUGGCAGCACGAUCCCCAAAGGCAGCAGGAAUUUCGAAAAGUCCAUGUCAGCUAGUAGUAAAAAAGAGGCCUUAAGGAAGCCAAUAGUGGUUGAACUUGAAAGUCAGCAGAAGUCUUAUGGUCUCAACUUGGCCAUCCAGAAUGGACCAAUGAAAAGCCCCGGGCAGGAAGGCUCCUUGCUCAGUACGGACAACACUGGCAAUGUUAGGACUGGUUUAUGGAAACAUGAAACUACUGUCUAGUGUUGGUGGGUUUCCUGACUAGAAAUUCAGAUAAACUGUGAUACUCACAUUCCUUUAAGCUAUGGACAACUAAAAACAAACUGUUUACAGCUACUUGAGGGAGCCAAGAGAAUUUUGAAUAAACUGUUUUGGGUUUUACUUAUUUCAUAUCCCCCAAAUGUUGCUUUUUAAAAAAUGAUUUUAAAGCAUUAUUGUAGUUGUCAGAACACCAGCUAGGCCAUUAUGGAAAUCUGAAAUAUAAUUUCUUGGAAUCUGUAAUACCAAUGUUUCAGACUUGUAUUUAAUACAAUAAAUAGUUGUUUGUCAGUGUGUC